CCUCCCAACCACGAACACGACACAGUCGGUAGCGGCGGCGCGAUUGCAAGAGGGUCGGUCGACGGUUGAUUCCCAUCGAUCGGAGAAAGAUGAUGGGUGCGGUUACGGAGAGAUCCAACAACAAAAGAACCAUGGCGGCCGAUCCGAUCAGUCGAGACGACCCCUUGGCCAAGAAGAAGAAGGUGGUGGAUCUGGGGAGCGACAGCGACGAGGACUUGCCCAAUCCGUCACAGUGGGCGGGGGUUAACCCUGAUUCCUUCAGCGAUGACUACUUGGCCAAGAUGGAAAAGGCCAGACUCGACGAAGAAUCAGCUCCCCGCCCUGUGAAAAUUGCCACGCUCAACUACUACAAACCUGCCACCAGGUUUCACACCAUCGAGCUUUUCCCCGUCCGUCGAUCCGGAAGCAAGGCCGUGCUCCUCGCUGCGAAAUUUCUUCUAGGGAUUUCAUCCUCUCUCGAUGGUGAACCGCUCAGACGGUGCUCUGGCUUCUGGGUCGAUUGGGAUGAGGAGAAGAAAACUGGCCUUGUUUUGACAACUGCGCGGCUGAUUCGCACAAAGGAUGCUCCUUACAGUGUCUGGUCAGGCGGUGAAGAGUAUGCUACAGAUGCUGAUGUCACUGUUCAUUUGCUAAAUGGCACCAGUGCAAAGGGCCAGCUGGUCUAUCUCCAGCCCCACUACGAUCUCGCUUUCCUGAGUGUUCAGAUGGAUCAACCAAUCAACUUACCAUCUUUGAAUGAAAAAGAUGUAGAAUUUGCUCAAGAGGUUUUUCGGCUCGGAAGAGACAAUUCCUUAAAUCUAAGGAUAACAUAUGCCAGGGCAGAAUAUUUGAAUCCAACCAUGUUUGAGCGGCACCACAAUGUAUACCUCCGUUCUCCAGAUGGCCAUGGUGAUGAUAAUGAGUUUGACUAUGGGGGGCCAGUUAUUGACCUGUGUGGAGAAGUUGUCGGAAUGGUCAACGACCCUAAGAGAUUUGGGUCUUUUAUACCUUCUUCCAUUUUGCUCAAUUGUUUGGAUUCAUGGAAGAAAUAUCAGCACAUCGCCCGGCCUCAUCUUGGAAUGAUGUUUAAGGACAUCAAACUUCUAGAACCUGCUCAUGUUGACAUGUUAUGGCGUAAGUUUAACAUUGAUGAUGGUCUUAUUGUUCAAGAGGUGUCGGGAGGAUCUCCUGCUGAGAAAUUUGGAAUCCAAAAAGGUGAUAUUAUUGAAUCUUUCAGUGGAAAGCCUGUUUCUUCCACAAUUGAGCUGGAAAAUACACUGAUGAGCAUAUACAAGGGAACCUUAGAUGCUGAAGUUCAUAUUUCUGUUGGGGUGUUUCACACACUCGAAGAACAACGGAGCACUGUAGACUUAACUGCAAAAUUAUCAGAACUUGGAGAGGUUAUUAAAAGAGGUCCUACAGACUCUUGAACUGGCUGCCAGGUCGAGGGGGGAUGUUUCUAUAGUGUGGCCACAUGUAGUACUAUAGAUAUAUUACAAAUAACAUCUUUAUCUGUAAUUUAGUGCCUAGGUCCUCCAAAGUAGCAGCUCUCCUUGUGGGAUUUCCUAUACUACAAUUGAAACCCCUCUUAGUGCCCGAGGAAGCGUUGUUUGUUGCCUUAUCUCAUUUGGUGGUCAACAAGGCAAGUAUCUUGGCUCUGCACAUAUGGCUAUGCAUGAGGGGACGAGACUUGCCUGCUCCCCGCGUGUGUGCCCAUCCGUGCUCCCGCAUACGUGGCAUGAUUUGAUUGGAACAAAAUAAGACCCGGCCCCACCCCCUUAAAAUCAGGGGGGAGAUGAUUAGAUUAGAAAGGAAAAAAGAAAAAAGACAACCGUAAGAUGAAGUGGGAGCACGGAUGGGAGCAUGGGGAGGGAGCAGGCAAGCCGAAUCCUGCAUGAGGAGCACCAAGUAUCUUGGCUCAUGAACUUUGUGGAAAAGCACUACUAAUUUUUAAUUGUUGCUGAUUUGUGGAAAGUCUUUUCUAUGGUGAUCUGACUGUAAACACAUGUAUAUUUUUCUGCUGUUAUACUUGGAUGAAAUUUCUAAGUUGCAAGUGUAAGGUGGCCUCUCCACUAUUAAACCACGUGUCACAAUCCUAGCAA